AUGAAGGACGAAGACCCCCUCCCUUCCAAGUACGACGACACCGAGCAGGCCAAGACCUAUGCCGUGUCUAGAUAUGACCAGAUGGUGUUGGAAAACGACAAGGAGAUAGACUGGUGGUGGUCUCUCCUGGCGAAGAUCUUCUCGUGGCUCUUGUUGGCUGGCUACAUCGUGUUUCCAUCUACGUUCGCGUCGCUGCGGCGGUCACAAGUCCUUGAAAGCAUGGGAAAGGUCGGGCACGCCGUCUCGGACUGGGUCAACGACUGCCUCAUUGCUCUCGCCUCUAUGCUUUCGGGCGUGGCAUCCAUCGGCCUGGCCUGGCUAUGGUGUAAGCGGCGUGCCAACUACGUCUGGGUGUACCAGCAUAUUGUCAUGUACCGGGCCUUGUUUGACUGGAUUCUGCUCCUUCACUGA